CCAGUCUUGGAGCUGACAAUGUCCACGGCCCCUUCAGUCCAAUUAACACGCUCAUCUCCCAGGACCGUCUUGCAGUCGACUUUGGCAACUUAUCCUUUUCCAGCCGCGGCAGUAUCAUGUUUGGCGGCCAGGCUCCGGUCGACAACAGCACGCAACGAGACGACGAGCUGGCAGACGCAGCAGCACAGAGGCAGGCAGCACCACAGGGAACCGACGGCCCUACUCCUCCUACACCUACCAGCACGGCGCAUGCAGCGGCAGCGGCAGUAGAAGCAGCAACACCAACCACGCCAUCACCACCACCACCACCACCACCAGCAGCAGAACCUCCACUAGCAGCAGUAGCAGCACCAGCAGCGCCAGCAGACCUGGACCACCACCAUGAGACGGACACUCAAGGAGAAAGGGAGACAGAGACGGCCAGCUCCAAAUCAUCGCGCCUCAGUGACGCCUCGGGGCUAACACGUCCAUCCAUCGCCAUCAAUGAAGACCUGACGUCGCCCUCCGCCCCGCUGCCCAGUAUCCGCGUUAUGCCCACGGACGUAGAGAGGGAAUCACAAAAGGUGAGAUCGCUCUAUGAAUCCAGCGAUGGUUGGCUAGAUGGCGGGCGGCGCGUCUCGUUCGCUGGCGAUCUUCCGCCUCUACCCUCGGAGGUAGACCCAUCAGAUGUUGUAGACCCUCCCCGAUUACAUGCUCUGACCUCGAGCGACUGGGCCGCGAGCCACAUUGCGCCAACACCGCCCACAGCACCCUGGGUCAGUUCUUCGUCGCUACGGGAUGAUGCUGCCAGCUAUUACCGGCCUGGUGCUAGGAAAUGGGGCGAGCACGAGCGCGCCGGCGGGCUAGAAGAUUGGGAGAAUCUGGAUGGAGUUGAAGUUGACCGCUAUGGCUUCAUCAAGGAGAGGCCAGCAAGGCGAGAAUCCAGCUACAGGCCAGAGACGAGUAGGACAGUCAGGCCAGGAUCCAGGUCAAGACACUUCUCACCUAGGAGACGAAACGUGUUGACGAAACGGCCCGGCUCGGCUUAUUCCUCGUCACCCCUUGGUCAAGGCCUUGUUGGAGGCCCGCCGAGCAGAAAGGUGUCCGCGCGAUCCCUACACACGUUUGACUCGGCAUAUUCAAACGCAUCACGAAGAUCUACACGAUCGUCUUUCCGGUCCAUCGCCAAUCACCUACCACCCAACCGGGACCGGCGAUGGAUGGACGAGGCUGGGGAUAUGCUAGCGUUUCCGGCGGGAGGUUUGACCGAUAUUCUGGAAUACGCGGCGAAGAUGACGGGCAAGAAGAGCACCGAAGCCCUAAAGAAGAAAGAGUUGGAACGGUCCGAAAAGUGGAGGAAAAUGGCAAAGGUCAUUCAGAGAUUCCCUUUGGAAGACGGCGGUGAGGGCCAAGCCGGCCGCGAAGGUCAAGGCCAAGGUCAAGGUCAAGGCCAAGGCAUGAACUUUGAGUUCGAUACGAAGAACCCCAAGCUUAUCGAGCGCACUUGGAAAGGAAUUCCAGAUUGCUGGCGCUCCGCAGCUUGGUUCUCCUUCCUCGCAACAAGUGCAAAGAAUGCCAAUAGUCCCGAAACUGAUGGGGUGCUCAUCACAGCGUUUAAGAGGUUGCAGGACAUCAGUUCACCCGACGACGUGCAGAUUGAUCUCGACGUUCCCAGGACGGUCAAUGGUCACAUCAUGUUUCGAAAGCGAUACCGCGGGGGCCAGCGUCUACUGUUCCGCGUUCUACACGCCAUUUCAUUAUAUUUUCCCGAUACCGGCUAUGUCCAAGGAAUGGCUCCUCUAGCAGCCACGUUGCUAUGCUACUACGACGAGGAGAGGUGUUUUAUCAUGAUGGUUCGCCUUUGGAGGUAUCGUGGGCUUUCGAGGCUGUAUUCGCCAAAUUUCGAAGGGCUCCUUUCCACCCUGGACGACUUUGAGAAACAUUGGCUUGCGGGAAAGGACGUUGCUUCCAAACUUACUGAAUUAGCCAUUGAUCCGACGGCAUAUGGGACAAGGUGGUAUCUUACACUAUUCAACCUGUCAAUACCAUUUGCUGCUCAGCUCCGUGUCUGGGAUAUCUUUAUGCUCCUGGGAGAAUGCCCGCCUGAAGGGGAAUUGGGCCCUCAGGUUUCCGCAAGAGACUCCGGAGAGGUGACACCACACUUACAACACGCCGAUACUCAGCAAACAUCUAAGAGUAGUAAGGAGAAAAGCUUCCUGGCCAAGUUGAGCGAGCGUAGGAGUAAACGACAUCUAAACCAUACAGCUGCAGAAGUGCCGCGAGGUCUUGAUAUCCUCCACGCUACGAGUGCUGCGCUGAUUCACGCCAUGAGGGACGUGUUGCUGGAUGCGGAUUUCGAAAACGCAAUGAAAACACUUACAUCGUGGAUACCAGUUAAGGAUGAGGAUCUACUAAUGAAGGUAGCACGAACAGAGUGGAGGGCACAUCAGAAAAAAAGGGACAGAUGAGCGGACAGACGGAUGGGAUGAGUCGGCCGGGCUUAACGUCCUUCAGAUACGAACGAGUUUGGGUUCUAAGUUUUGGAUCGGGUACGGGUGCUGUUUGUUUUGGGCAAAGCCGCUGAUAAGGUGACGGGCUGGACGGGCAUGCAGAGUGAUCAGGAGGAGGGUUCUUUGCGCGGUCUCUCUGCCACCUUCACUCGUUUGCCUUUUGCCCUCUGCGUUAUUAUCUUUCCUUUCCUCUGGCGCUGCUGUUAUACCCUUUGUUCAGCUUCAAUGUUGCUCUCUUUGCGCUUCCGGAUAGAUACCCUUCGUGUUCGGUUUUUCGGCUACUCUUUUUUAUUUGUUUUUGGAUAAUGGGAUUCGUCUUUCCGGUUUUGGUUGGAACCGACCGCAAGUAUAUUUUGACUCACUAAUCCGGCCCGAGUUCAUUGCUUUAGUUUUAGCCUGGAUCGAGAACUCUAUGGGACUUUCGUUCUUCAUUCUCUAUCACCUAUACGUUUCUCCUAAUACCUGUUCCCCACUGC